UUCGUGUUUGUUAAGAGUGGAAGGUGGUGCCAUGGCUGCCGCUUCUCAGAGCUUUAAUCCGACGCCGUUUUGUUCGUAUGGUAAUGGUAAAAGGAAAUUAGUGGUUAAUAAACCCAUAAAAUUUUUGCCCUCUCUGCAGUAUUCUUGUGAAGGCUUUUGGAGCCAUAGAAGAAGCUUCCACAUACAUCUAAUUCGGGAGGUGAGCAGCCAAGCAGCAGCAGCAGCCAAGGAAUAUGGUGGUAGUGAUGAAGCAAAGACUCGACAACUUUGGGAUUUUGCAAGGGCAUUAUGGACUUUUCUCAGGCCUCAUACCUUCUAUGGAACCCUUGUUGCUUCAUGUUCGUUGGCGGCUAGAGUGUGGACGGAAAAUCCAAAAUUGUUGACCUGGCCAAUAAUAAUAAAGGCACUUUGCGGCCUAGUGCAAUUAUUGUGUGGCAAUAGUUAUAUCGUCGGUCUCAAUCAAAUUUACGACGUCGAUAUUGACAUGGUAAAUAAACCAUUCUUGCCAAUUGCGGCGGGGAAGAUCACAAGCAAUGAAGCGUGGGUUCUAGUCACGUUUUUCUUAACAGUUGGGCUGUCACUGGCAGCUUUAAAUUCAGGCCCAUUCCUCACUUCUCUCUAUUGUUUCGCUCUCUUUCUUGGCACUCUUUACACUGUUCCUCCUUUUAGAUUCAAGAGAUUCCCCAUUGCUGCAUUCCUCUGCAUUGCUUUGGUAAGAGGCUUUCUUGUGAACUUUGGUGUGUAUUAUGCAUCAAGAUCUGUUCUUGGUCUUCCAUUUCAAUGGAGCUCACCUGUGGCCUUCAUCACCACAUUUGUUACUCUUUUUGGUUUGGUCAUUGCCCUUACAAAAGAUCUUUCCGACAUAGAAGGCGAUCGCAAAUAUAAGAUAACAACCUUUGCUACAAAGCUUGGAGUAAGAAAAUUGGCAUUUCUUGGUUCAGGGAUUCUUCUUCUGAACUAUGUUGCUGCUAUUUUGGCUGCGAUUUUUAUGCCUCAGGCUUUCAGGCGGAGCAUAUUCAUACCCACUCAUGCAAUUAUGGCCAUGAGUCUUGUUUUUCAGACAAGAGUGUUAGACCAAGCAAAAUACACCAAGGAAGCAGCCUCAAAUUUCUACAUGUUCUUGUGGAAGCUAUUCUAUGCUGAAUAUUUGGUCUUCCCUUCCAUAUAAAAACCUCUUCACACUACACAUUUCUCCUCAAUUUUGAGAGAGAAAAAGAGAGCAUUUGUUUUCCACGACCUCUCAUUGUAGAUGUCGAUAUCGACAACUAGAAUUAAGUUGUAUUUUAUUAUGAACUUAUGAAUGGAUCGAAAUCAGUUGACCAAUUCAACCCACAAAAUCUAAUUGCUUUAAA